GAUUCGCCCGCGAGGCAUCCGUACUUUAGUCAUUUCCUCGAUACACAGGAAGUGUGAGGUGGCUUGGCAGAGCUGUUAAAAUGUCUGCCAUAUUCAACUUCCAGAGUUUACUCACUGUCAUCUUACUGCUCAUCUGCACGUGUGCAUACAUCAGAGCACUAUCACCAAAAUUGCUUGAUAAGAACAAAACAGGAUUUCUUGGGAUUUUUUGGAAAUGUGCAAGAAUAGGUGAACGGAAAAGCCCUUAUGUGGCUUGUUGCUGUAUUAUCAUGGCAUUCACUAUUUUAUUUUCAGAGUAGCAGCACAUCAUGAAAGAACUUUGCAAAUGAUGACAGACAUUGCAAUAUCUAAGAAGUCUCUUCACCAGGGAAUUUGUCAGAAUUUGUACUGGAUUUUUCCUCAUGUUUGGCAGUGCUGGGGUUCUGCUGAAAUGUACCAUUUAUGCAUCAGGACUAAAACGCUUUUGAAGUACCAUUUUUCAUUUCUCUGCCUUGCGGACCUUAUUUUAAAACCUGAAUUUUUGUUUGUGCCUUAUUGCUCCUGUUGUCUCUCCCUGAAAUAAUUUUGCUAAUAACAAAUCUGUUGACUUUCUUUCAGCACAAGACGUGUACCUUGCAGAUGCACAUAUGUGCCUUCUGCAGUCACUCUUGUGAAUGUAUGCAUUUCAAUCCAUUGCUACUCUAUACAGUGAAACAUCUCUUAGAUAUACACCAUAAUUAAAGACUAUACCUUCAUUUCACCCUUAAAAUUCACUUAUCUUUGAUUAGUGGGCAUUCCAUUGGGGUGUCAAAACAGGACAAAGGUGUUAGAUGAUUUUAGAUGAGUUUUAGUUUUAGAUGAUUUUAGUUUUGACACAUGCCAUUUAUUUUGCAUCUACAACCAGUAUCCCGAUUACAACACCUGUUACCCAGUAUGGCUUUUGUAGUCACAGCUUAACUGGUACACAGAUUCCUUGGUGGUUGUCCUUCCCCAGGAAAAGGACAAAUUAAUGAUGCAGUUUUCUACUAUUUCACACACACACGUAGACAUAUCUAAUUUCAUUGCUGCCACAGCAACAACUGGCUAUGUAAACAGAUAUGCUAUUAAAUUUGUUUGAAAUGUCAGUUGUUGCUAUGGAAGAAAAGAAAGUAGGAAACUCAAAUAAAAAUUACUUUGAACUUUAGAACCCCAUGGAAUAUUUUUCUAAUAUACACUGGCUCCUCCUACAAGUUCAGAAGCCGUUUGCUUGCACAGCUGUUGAUGGACUUCUGUCCGAAACAUCCAGUUUCACUGAAAACCUUGUACUUCACUAUGAUUUUGAAUAUCUUUACAUCACUUAUUGCAGUGUAUUAUAUAUAUUAUAUUGGGGGGGGGGGGGGGGAUUGUUUUAAAAUUUCAUUAAAUCUAUUUGUGUUCCUCAGUAAUCUUCCACUUUAGGGUAAAUUGUGUAUAUUUAGAGAUCUUCAUGUCAGUUAUUGAAAAUUAUGGUUAUUGAAAAUUACACUCACUUAUUCACUCACUCACUUCUGCUUCCUCUGUCGUACCUUUAUUAAAUAGUUUUGACUAGCUAGUGACACAGAAGGCUAAACAGCCAGACUGAGGGAGGCUAUGGCUACUACUUUUAUGGCUACUAGCCAUAGCCAACUAUUUUGCAUAUUUCUGAAAUGCAAUAAAAUGUGUAUUACUAACUGCAUUUCAUUUUCAAAAAUUUGAAAAAAGCAAUGAUGCCCCAAUAACCACUUCAGCAACACACUGAUUAUCAACCAUUCAGCAUUAAUACCCACAGAGUGCUCUUUGCAUCUGCUGUUGUGAACUGAUUUCAUCCUGCAGCUUUUGGAAGAAUCCAAACCCAUAGAGAAAGAAGCGGGGGAGGGGGGGGGGGGGGAUGUGACUUUCAGCGAUAUGGCCUGUGACAUAAUUAGAAGAAUAUAUUUGAGUCAUGAUAUAAAAUGAACAUAAGUACAAAACUACAAAAAUAGUAAUAAAAUGAAAAUAUCAAAAAUAAGAUGGCAAAAAUGUGAACAUCUCCCCCUCCCUCCCACAUGUCAGAUUAAAGCUAUAGUAAAUUUUGUUCGGAUCUUUAAAUGGUCUACUAAUUUCUGCAGUAUAGGAUGUCAGCUAUCAGUGUGUUAUGUUCAAGGAAAACCAACUUGAAAUGUGUAUAUAUCUGUCUGCACACAAAAUUAAUGUGUUUGUUUUAAAAGUAGUGGUUGAUAUUCACUUUAAGACUUUAGAAACAUUAUCAUGACUGAAUGGAAAUUACACUGAAUAAAAGGUUGGUCACGGAUUCA